AAGAUUGGGAGAAGGGAACUUUAAAUUUUUAAAUACAAGAAUGCCAAUCUUUGGAGAACGUCAGACGACAUCCAUUACUGUCAAAAUCAAUCAAUUAUCCACACCAGAUAGAAACCUUGAAAUUGAUGAAUCAAUUGAACUUUACUUGAGUGACUUGAUUGAACUAAUCAAGAUCCAACCAAAUUCUGGGGCUGUUGAAGCUGCUAGAGCAAUUAGGAAAAAGAUAAAGUAUGGGAAUUCCACAGAGGAGCUGUUGAGAGCAUUGGGUAUCUUAGAGCUUCUUGUACUCAAUUCCGGUCAUAAAAUUGGACCCGUGAUUGCUAGAGAUGAUAAAUUGUUGGAUGUCCUUAAAGGUAUCAUUUCAGGGUCUGGUAGAACUGGUACUGGUGGUCUGUACCCCAAGGAAAUUCAAAGGAAAGUCCGUGGGUUGGCAAUUGGCUGGAAAACUGAAUUAGAUGGAUUAGAUGGAUAUAAGUAUAUGGCGUUACUCUGGAAAAAUAUUCCAAGAGAACGUGGAAGUGGGAAUAGCAGUAGCUCCAGACUGAGAUCUGCUAGUGUUAAUGUAUUUGGCUCAGAAUUGGAUAACGUUGUACAGGAAAGUCCAAGAGGUUCUCCACGGCCUUCUAGUCCUAGAGUAAGUGGUGGUAAGACACCUCCGCCGAGACCAACAGCAGCAUCACCAUUUGCUAAGAAAGAGCAGCCAUUGACUUCUAAAAGAGCAAGAACGAAAAAGUCUAAGCAUAAGAAUAAAAAGAGGACUGGGAAAUAUGCUGAUCCAGAGUUCAAAAUCCCACAAAUCAAUUAUAAAGUGGAAGCACCAAAGAUUAGAAAUACAAUUGCUGAAUGUCAUACACAUACCACUGCCCUUGUGAAUGCUCUUAUUGCUCUUCCACCUUCAAUUUCACCAUUAGAUGAUGCCAAGGCUGCUGGUGAGUUUGAAAAAUGUCGUGAGAUUAGACGCAAAGUUCUUCGUUACUUGCAAUUUGUUGGAGCAGGAGGUGAUACACACAAGGCUGAUUCGGUUGUUGCCAUGGAUGAAGAAUUCCUUGGAAGUUUGAUUGUGGCCAAUGAGCAAUUAGUAGAAAGUUUCAAGAAAUAUGAUUCAGCAUGUGGCUACACCGAAGAAAAUCCAGCUCCUCAAUAUAAUGAUGAAACUGAUAGUGAUGAUGGGUAUGAGAGUUAUUACACGGAUAGUUCCGAAGAAGAAGAACAAGAUGAUGAAGAUUUACCAGAAAUAGGUGCCCGUGAGCUGUCCCUUGAAGAACGACUUCAACGUGUUGAUAUCAAAGAGGGAACAUCAUCCAAAAGAGCACCACCUCCUAUUCCACCAAAGUCCAAUUCACUUAAAUCUUCACCGAUCCCAAAUGCAGAAUAUCAACCUUCAGGUGAUCUCUCUCGCCUUAAAACUAAUGAUACUGCUGAAAGUGAUCCAUUUGGUGAUGGAAAUAUCGUUUCAAAGUCUCCUUAUGCAUAAAAAAAAUAAAUAAUAGUGGAGCUAUGUGCUUAAUUCUACAC